CGCGCCACGGAACAGCAAGCCUCCUCUACCGGCAACGACAGCACCCCCGCCGGAGGUCACCAUUCACCACCACAGCCUCUUGGCAAUCCUAGAACAUCGGGAUCACAAGCACAUGGCUCUGCAAGACCCGGCGGUCCUUCUGUCAGGGCCCUUCUAGACCUUUUGGCCCCUGCAGACCUUGUCGACCAGAUGCUCAACGACUGGUUCAAGUACGCGCACCCUCUCGCACCAAUACUGCACCGACGGGAUCUCCUCCAUAGACUGCACGACAAUGGGCAGCAUCACGACCCGGUGUUCACAGCCAUGGUCGUGUCCGUCAUAUCUGUCACCAUUUCAACCCUGCGCAGAAGAAGCGUCGAGAGCUACCCGGCCAUAACAUUGCAAAGAUGCAUCUGCAUAAUCGAGGACCAUCAAUUAUUGGAGCUGAGGGGCCGCUAUACCCUGGACUGGUGCAUUGCAUGGUACCACCUGGCGUCGGCGCGGGUCGUAGACUUUGGGUAUGACGAGUUCCAUGUAUAUAGGGCUAUAAAGGAGUCCAUGGCGGGGGUGAACUAUCUGCUGUGCUACGAUGACGACGAGCAGACGUAUGAGGACAAGGAGAGGUUGAAGCGCCUCUACUGGCUCCUGUACAUGUGGCAAGUCGCGUCGGAGCUCCGGGGACAGCCGCAUCUUGUUUUCCUCCCCUUCAACCAGGACCUCGAGAGUCUGAGGCCUCGCGUUAUCGCUGACAGCGACCUAUACCCAGCUCAGACGCCGAGGGACUACACGCCGUACUGGCCAGAGGACGACAUACCUUACGUAGAUGGGUUUGGCAGGCUGGUCGACGUCUUCCUGGUCUGGGAGAAGACCAAGGUGGACAUGGCGUAUAAGCCGUCGCAAGAGACGCUCCUGCGGGCGGUUCGACGGAUACAAUCCAUCAUGGAUGACCUACCGCCCGAGAUCCGGUGGCAGGGCGGGCUGAGCCGGUUCCCACGGGGCGACUGGGGUCACGAGGUCCAGAUGGUCAACAUUCUCAUCACUGCGCUGUCACUCAAGUCCAAUCUGCUGCAGCAUCUAGGCUCCACGCUGCCUGGACUGACACAGCGCCACCUGGCAAGAAUCGUCAGGGAUGUCCUCGAGAUCCUCGACCACGUGCCCCAAUCUGUUUUGGAGACAAACGGGUACUCGGUUGUCAUGAAGAUUCGCGAUAUCGGCGCGGCCUACUUGGCCGAGAUGGAUGUCGGGAUGUCCGGUCAGAGGGCUGUGGAGGAUAGUUUGGUUCUUCAACUCCUUGCGAAGCUCGACAGUUUAGACCUUAGACCAACGUCGAUAAGAGUGGCACUCUGA